CAACCGAUGCAGCUGUCAAGAUUUGUCUCGGCCAGCCCAAUGUCCUGAUCAGUGGCCGGCUUGGGAAUUGACAAUUCGGAACACGAACGAGGGAAAUUGCCCAAGGUCAUGAACUGAUCAGCCCACUGUCUUCCAUGACAUGAUGAAGCUCACGGUCUUGAUUUCUCUUGACCGUCCCGUACUGCUCAGUCCUCGAGGUUCCACAGGCUUGAUUUACGGCCAAUUACUCCGGACGGUUUCAUAGGCAAGGAUCCGCGCCCGGGUUUUAACCCAAGUGUACAGAGCGGCGAUGAGAACAGGGAUCAGUCCCAGUUCUCCGGACACGAUGAUGUUUCUCGGUCUCCAACGACACUAUCGGCAGGCGCCCGCGCGUUCGCCGUGGACACUACAUAGUAGACGUCAGUAAGUCCUGUGUCCUUUAGCUGCUAGACCCGCCACAUCGGCCACACUGUUCCCUGCGAACCUUUUGACAUCAGUCGAGCUUGGCGCAUGCGCACCAAGUGUCUUGCGCACCGGCUACUCCGACUACAUUGCGGCAAUAUACCUACAGCAAGUGUGUUUGUACAUGCUAGCUAGACCGCCUCGACCGCCUCGACACUAGUGUCUCGGGUCUCCGAGUUACUUUCCCUUUUCUAUCUUACUUGGACGGACUUCAUGUGAGUCUGUUCAUAUAAGGACCAAUUGCCGAGCCUGCUGCUCUCGACUGCUGCGUAGAUAGAAGCACGCGGGGGUUGUCAGGUCUUCUCGUUAUCUCUCUCGCGCUCAUCCAUCACUUCUCAGACAUCCCAAACAUCGGAUUGAACCACGUGGCUUAGCCGGAUACUUGGUCUUGGGCUUCUUACUGCGUCAGCAAUGGAGGAUACCAGCACGUCUGGGCAGGGGAGGGUUUUCCACCUGUUUUCCAAACUCCCGGCCGAGCUCCGAUGGAAAAUAUGGGCCUUCAACCUACCGGGCCCGAGGCUUGUGUCGGUUCAUUGCGGCUCCAAGUCGCUAUCCUGCGGCCUGGGUGGCCGCCAUGACCACCUAGGCCCGCCCUCGUCUUUUGGGUGCACUUCACAGGCCAAGAUUCCCACGAACCUACAUGUCUGCCAUGAAUCCCGCCGUGAAGCCCUCCGGCAGUACCGGGCAUCGUUUGGCAUAGCCCGACAGCUCGGGCAGACCUUCUUCGACUCGGAACAGGACUACUUGUACUUUGGUCCCCGGGACGGCUUUAUGGCGUCCGAGGCAAACCUCCGGACGGUGCUCAGUCUGUGCGACCCCAACGAGCUGGCACAGGUGCGCCGCGUCGCCAUCAAUGAGGCCCUGUUCUGGGUAUAUGAUUCUGCCUGGCACCGCCAGACUCCUUGUCACCAUGAAAACCACCCCCACAACAGUUAUCAACAGCUACAGACUCCCCCGACAACACCAAUGGAGGACCAGCACCACCAGCACCGGCGCGGUUUUCAAGAAACAAAUACGCCUUUACCACCACUCAGGCCUCUCACACCCCAAUCACCAUCAUCAUUGUCACCAACACCACCUUCGGCGGCAGCCACGAUGACACACGCAAGCAUAGCAGCCUCCCUGCUGGUGGACAUCCUGCGCCUGGUCCGCGCGCGGCUCCCCGGGCUGCGGGAGCUCGUCCUGGUCCCGCGCGACGAGAACCCGCUGUACAGCAGCGACUGUUACCUCACGGAGCCAGCCAUGGGGCAGAAUCGCCUGCGCAGGCAGGUCAGCGAGGCCCUAGCGGCCGCAUUCGGCGGGGGCGGCAGGGGCGGCGGUUCAGGGGGCCGUCCCAUGACCGCCGCCGCAUCGUCGCCGUGGGAGUGGAAGAUCAGGACGCUCAGUGCCGACCCCGAGCCGCCCUCGUACGACAGGCUGGUGCUCGGGUGGUGCGAGGCCGGCGGUGUAUCUAUGGCAGGAGGAGGUGGUGGGUGGAAGGAUGGUGGAGGAGGCGGGAUGGCCGUGGCCAAUAAGGGGCAUGUGGGCGUGACUACGAGGCUUGGUGCAGUGCAGGAGAGCGCGAGGAGGUUUCUCAGGGUGGAGAUGGAGGUUGGGCAAUGAGUGUUUCCCCCUGGGACCCUGUUGGUUGGGUGCGUGGAAUCCCAUAUAUGACCAUAUAAAUUCAUAAUCAGCUCAUGCAACCCGUCUUGUGUCACUGUCA